UAUAUUCCAAAACUGCUUUUGUGAAACCCUUAAACCCGCCACUCUUCUACUAAUUCAAAAAAACAGUGGAUCGUCUUCUUCAACCUCUAGCCAAUUCUUGAAAAGAUGGCGCCGAAAGGAAAAGGAAAGCAGAAAGGGAAAGGAAGUUCCAAGAAAACAGAGAACAGAGCUCAAGAACCAAAUUGCAUUUUCAAGCCAGAAAUCAUCUCUAACAUUCUCUCUCGGCUUCCUCUGAAGACCCUUUUACAAUUCAGGUCUGUUUGCAAGCAGUGGCGGAAGCUCAUUUACAAGCCCGAUUUCAUCGUCACCCAUUACCGCCAUUCCUCUUCUUUGCAACGCACUGAUUCAUCCAUGAUUAUUAUACAGUCCCGACAUGAUGGAAGGUUUAAUCAUAAUGUACUCGUACAGUACAAACCCCCUCUACCACCUGUGCAAGUGAAAAAUCCUUAUCCUAUCGUCUUUCCCAAAAUGUCCAUUGCCGGUCCUGUCAAUGGCAUUCUCUGCAUUUUUCAGCCACCUCUGGGCGAUGCACUUACACUUUGGAAUCCAGCAAUGAACAAGUCUAAGAUGGUCAUGCUUUCUAAAACCACCAACCCCUCUCAGAAAGUAUCGGUGGGAUUGGCCUUUGAUUCACAGAAAAAGGAUUUGUUGAUCUUGAAAAUCUUUUGUGUUCCCCCAUUUCCAGGAUGUACCAAAACUAAAGUGGAAUUCGAAAUACGUGAAAUGAAGUAUCCUUUAGGAUGGGAAAAGCUGAAAAGUAGAACAAACUAUUUUUAUAUUGACAAGCCUUCUUGUGAUGCGAUCUUUAAAGCGGAGCCUUAUUGGUUGGCUUAUGAUUAUGAAGAGUAUAUUCCCGGCAAGUAUCAGAGGUUGGUGCACUUUGAAGUGAGUAAAAUGGAUUUUGAAUGGUGGAUACUGCCAUUUAUUGGAGUAGGGGAUUAUUAUGCGAAUCUUGCGGAUUUUGAGGAUUCUCUUGGAUUUAUGGUCUGGACGAAAACAGAAAAUUCCUAUAUUGAUGUUUGGGAAGUGGAUGAUAAGAAAUUUCAAUGGAGAAAGAAAUGUAAGAUAGGACCGUUAUUUGGGUUUGACAGAAUUUUGGGCUGUUUGAGGAAUGGUGAAAUUGUAGCCGAGAAUGAAGAAGGGGUGCUGUUGUUUUACACAGUGAAUAAAUCAGAAUUGGCAGUUCAGAAUGAUGAGAACCUUUAUCCUUGCUCAGUUAAGAACACAUUGACAGUGGGGAAUUCUGAGAAAGGAUCACACGUGAUUUUUGACUGCCCAGAGGGCCUACUUUUGAUCGAAGGGAUGGUCACAGUUGAUCCGCAAGAUGUCUUGAAAUGGCAAAGUAUCUUAAGCACUAACGAAGACUUCAUACGGCAGCUGUGACAACUCUCAGUAUUCACUUCAUAACAUCUGUCUUGUGUUCCCUUUUCAA